GCAUGCGAACGCGACGCCCUCUUCGUCCCGUCAUAUCUAAAGUGGAGGUUUUCCGUUCGCCGUAGGUAGAAGAAGAGUGCGUGUUACUGUUAUGUUAUGGAGUAAGCCAACCAAACCUACCAUUGAUGCCUCCCCGACCUUUUUCGAUGCAGCGUUAUGGUCACGUGAAAGGCAAGGGUGUGGAAGGUGCAUCUCUAGCAUUGAGGCUUCAAUUCUGGUAAACCAUGAGAGCUGUUAUACAAAGGGUACAACGUGCUUCUGUUACAGUUGGGGGUGAACUGGUAAGCUCUAUUGGACGUGGAUUGUGUGUCUUGAUUGGUAUUCAUAAAAAUGACACUCCAGCUGACAUGGAAUAUAUAGUUCGAAAAAUAUUAAAUACUCGUUUAUUUGAAGAUGCUAAUGGAAAACGCUGGCAAGUUAGUGUUAAAGAUGCUGGGUUCGAAAUAUUAAGUGUAUCCCAGUUUACUUUAUACUGCGAGUUAAAGGGUAACAAACCUGAUUACCGUCACGCAAUGGGAGGAGAGGCAGCUCAGCAGUUCUAUCAAGAAUUUUUCACUCAGUUACAGAAGCAGUAUAAACCAGAAAUGAUAAAAGAUGGUGUCUUCGGAGCUAUGAUGCAGGUAGACAUACAAAAUGAUGGUCCUGUAACAAUCAACAUUGAUUCACCCAUAAAAAAGAAUGGCAAUAGUACAGAAGAUACAGGAGAAUAAGUAUAUUAAAUAAUUUAUUGGAAAAAAUUGUAUUUUAACCUAUGCAGUGGAAUUCUUAAGUAUAAUUCAACAGGAAUAAAUCAAGUGGCUUUGUCGGCAAUCAUUUUUUUAGCUUGUGUGAAGGCUGCUAAAACUGCUGACAACUGGAUUUUUUCUGAUGCUCCAUCAGCUACUCUAACCUCUAUAUCGGAAAGUUUUUCCAUCAGGUGAAUGCGUACCUCAACUGGGAAAUCAACUGAAAAAUUUAAAAAGAUUAAGGUAAUCAUAAUACAAAUGAAAUUCAAUAUACAAAAGCUUGACAUGUUAACAUACAUAAUGCCAUUCCUUCAAGUAUAAGAAAGAUUAUGCAGGCUUAAGUUCUUGACUCUGUCAACAUUGUUUAAUAAAGACAAACUUAACUACAAAACGUUGAUGUAGCUUUAAUUAAAUAGGGUAGCAUACACAUCUUGCACCAUUGGUAUAAUUUUUCACUUGAAGUGGGCUUUCCAAGUAUCCAUGAGAGGGAAAGGACAUGUGAAUUCAAAGGAAUUUGCUCUUCAUAAGUAUGAUGAAGUACAAACAAAUAAGUUACUUAGGCAACGUUGGUUGAUGCUGUUUAUGAAAUCAGAAAGAAUGGCCUUGGGUAUAGCAAAACGGUGCCAAAGUUAAAGACUACAAGCUCCUCUCCCAAACAACAAUGUUUUAGAGGUACAGAUUGGCAAACUUAAUCUAUCCCUGCUCUCUGCAAGUUUGGUCAUCCAAGCUAGAUAACAGGGGAAGCUCUGAUAAUUGGUGAGAAAAAGAUCCUCAAUACAUCCUAGUUCUUUAAGAGGCCUAGCCCCUAAGUAUGACGAAUAACUGACGCAAAGAUAAGAAGGAAAGGGAGCACCUACUAUUAGAACCAGCAUAUGUGAAAACCCCUUGGGUUAGGAAAAGUAAUAUGAUGGCUAGACAAACAGAAAUUAAAUGCUAAAGGCCUCGGGCUCAUUUCAUAAACUUUGGCAAUUGUUUUAUGAAAGGAAGGAAACUGAUGGUUGAAAGGUGUAACAAGAAAAACCUUGCAGUUACAAUAUGAAACAAUUGUUAGAAGGUGGAAAGUAAGAUAGAAAAGAGAAAUAAACAGAGAUAAGAGUAAAAGGGAUUGCAGCCCUCACCAAUUGGAUAGUAAGACAUUUUAUCAAACAAAAAAAUAAAAAAAUAUUUUUAUUCAAAAUGGAUUUACCUAAAUAUAAAAUUAUUUUAAAUUAGAUAAAAUUACCUACCCAUACGCUUCUUCAUUUACACGUGAAAAAUAAGAAAUAAAAAUUAAAAAAAAAAAAAAAAAAAAUCCCAAAAUAAAGGUCUGGCUGCUGAGCAAAAGUGAAGCAUUUGGUAAUGUUUCAUACAAAAUUUAAAUAUGUGACAGUGGGUUAAUCAGUAAACUAAGUAAGGCAUAGAAAAAACCAUUUCAGAAUGAAUAAAACUAACCUACACCUAAACAUCAAAGCUGUUAAUAGUGGCACCUCAACCUAAAAAGAUUUAAAAUUAUCAAAUUUCAAACCGACUCAUUAUGCUCCUACUCACUUGAACAUUUAACUUGUGCUUACUUUUUUAUAAAGAGAUUACACUUCAUAUAAAAAUGUGAUCUUUCAUGUCUAGCAUUAUUUACUGCAUACCAAGCCAAAUGAGGAGGUGUUUCUCUCCCUCUUGUAAAUUUGUGUAAAUUUGUUUUCAAAAUACUACCAUAUUAAUAAUAACACGUGCGCCUUUA